GAUGGUUGUGUUGAAGAGUUUACCUCCACCCAGCGAGGGCAUCAGACUCCAGCAGGCCGAGACAACAGCAGUCUUAGACGGUAAAAGACUCGGAUCUGGGACCCUGUUUGUAGCUGAAGCGCAUCUGUCCUGGUUCGAUGGGUCAGGAAUGGGUUUCUCUCUUGAAUACCCCUCCAUCAGUCUGCAUGCAAUUUCACGUGAUCGGAGCGCCUUUCCAGAAGAACACUUGUAUGUGAUGGUGAAUGCAAAACUUGACGAUGAAAAUGAGGCAGAGAUGCAGGAUAAAGCUCCAGAUGAUGCAGCAGAUGAAGAGGAGAGCGACAGUGACAGUGAAGGCUCCGGAACCAUCACAGAGAUUCGCUUUGUGCCCAGUGAUAAGGCUGCAUUGGAGCCCAUGUUCUCGGCCAUGUGUGACUGUCAGGUGCUGCACCCUGAUCCAGAGGAUGAAGAUUCAGAUGAUGAUUAUGAGGAAGAGGAGUAUGAUGUAGAGGAGGCGGAACAAGAGCAGGGGCAGGGAGAUGUACCCACGUUUUACACCUACGAGGAGGGCUUGUCUCACCUGACGUCAGAGGGUCAGGCCACCCUGGACAGACUGGAGGGAAUGCUCGCCCAGUCAGUUUCCCAGCAGUAUCACAUGGCUGGAGUCAGAACCGACGAUCCAUCGGCCCAGUUUGAAGAUGGAAUGGAGGUCGACUCGGGCGCAGUCACUGGGCAGUUUGAGGACGCUGAUGUGGACCACUGAUGGAGUGUGUCUCUAUACUGCUGAUUAAAGCACUUGAAUGGGGCAUGCUGGGAUACUGGCUGACUCCUAGUGCCACCUCUGAAAGCUCUUGUCCCCUCUUUGAGCACUCUCGUCUGAAUUUAAUGGGCUUUUUUACACCGCAUGCGUCUCACUAAUGUAUUUUGUAGUUUUCCCUGAUGAGCAAAUUACAGAAUUAUUCUCCUCAAUGGAGUGAUGUUGAUGUGUUUGUUAGAAAUUUCAAUAAAUAGUUGUUUUUGUAUAAACCUUG